AUGCCAUCCCUCUCCAAGACCCUCACAGCCCUCGCGCUGCUCACACAAACCCUCGCAUUGACUCCGACAAAACCACUCAAUGCCCGCGCUUCAACCUGUACACCAAAAGCCGGUGGAUCAUCUUCAGUAGAUGAUGUCCCAGCCAUUACGUCCGCAAUCGCAUCAUGCGGAAAGGGAGGCACGAUCGUUAUUCCCGCUGGAAGUACAUACUACCUGAACAGCGUGCUGGACUUUGCAGGCUGUACCGGCUGUGACUUUCAAGUCGAGGGGCUGUUGAAGUUCUCUUCGUCGACGAGUUACUGGGAAGGACGCACGGCCAUGAUAAACAUCAAGAAUAUCAAUGGGCUCAAGAUCCGCUCGUUGACUGGCGCUGGAGUAAUCGAUGGAAAUGGACAGAACGCAUGGGACCUCUUCGCAAGUGACAGCAGCUACGCGCGCCCAACUCUCCUCUACAUAACAGGCGGAUCAAACAUCGAGAUCUCAAGCCUGCGCCAGAAAAACCCACCCAACGUCUUCAACUCAGUAAAAGGCAACACAAAGAGGGUAACCUUCUCGCAUCUAAAAAUGGAUGCAACAUCCAAGAGCGACAACGAGCCCAAAAACACCGACGGUUUCGACAUCGGCGCCAGCACAGAUGUCACCAUCAGCAACGUCGAUGUCGACAAUGACGAUGACUGUGUCGCCUUCAAGCCUGGCUGUGAUGGUGUCACUGUCACCGAUAUAACCUGCACGGGCAGUCAUGGGUUAUCUGUUGGAUCUCUGGGCAAAGGGUCGUCCGAUACAGUGAAGAAUAUCUAUGUAUCCGGCGCGACGAUGAUCAAUUCAACCAAGGCCCUUGGUAUAAAGACAUACCCGUCUGGCGGAUCUCAUGGGUUAUCAACAGCGAGCAAUGUAACGUGGAGCGGUGUUGUUGUUGAUGGGUGCGACUAUGCGGUUCAGAUUCAAAGUUGUUAUGGGGAGAAUAGUGAGUACUGUGAAGAGAAUCCCGGGAAUGCCAAUUUGUCUGGUAUUGUGAUUGAGGAUGUUAGCGGGGUGACGAGUGGGAAGUAUGGAGCGGUGACUAGCAAUUUGAAUUGUGGAUCUGGGGGCACUUGUGAUGUGAAGAUUGGUUCUUAUACAGUCAAGCCAAAGUCUGGGAGUGGCAAGGUGCUUUGCGCGAAUACGCCGUCUGAUUUGGGGGUUACUUGUACUGCUGGAGCAUCGGGGUGA